GUUCGGUUCGGCUGCGCACGACGCCUGUGUAUUGGUGGAUCACAGUGUGGUGCAGUGACUACCCAUACAACAGCCGAGAUCGCACGUCCAGGAUGUCCGAUGGCUGGCCGGGGAGCCUGCAUAUCUAUGGGCACAUGAAUCUGAGACAGUGGGGCCAGAUGCCUGUGAUGGACGAUGCCAAUAAGAGUAUCCCAGUGGCCCAUGGCCUCCACAGCUUCAGCAUGCCCGAAAGGAUCGCCCUCAUGGCCUUCCUCUCCCUGGUCAUGCUCAUGAGCGUCCUGGGGAACCUCCUGGUCAUGGUGGCUGUCUGCAAGGACCGCCAGCUGAGGAAAAUCAAGACCAACUACUUCAUAGUGUCGCUGGCGUUCGCAGACCUGCUGGUGUCAGUGCUGGUCAUGCCCUUUGGCGCCAUCGAGCUCAUCCACCAGAACUGGAUAUACGGGGAGACCUUCUGCCUGGUCCGGACCUCCCUGGAUGUGCUGCUAACCACGGCAUCCAUCUUACACCUGUGCUGCAUAUCCCUGGACAGGUACUAUGCCAUCUGCUGCCAGCCCCUGGUCUACAGGAAUAAGAUGACACCCAUGAGGGUGGCUCUCAUGUUAGGAGGGUGCUGGGUAAUACCAACAUUCAUAUCCUUCCUACCCAUAAUGCAAGGCUGGAACAGUAUUGGAAUAAACCAUCUGAUAGAGCAGAGGAAGUUCAGCGGCGAGCCCAACGUGACGCAGUGCGUCUUCAUGGUCAACAAGCCCUACGCCCUGACCUGCUCGGUGGUGGCCUUCUACAUCCCGCUGGGCCUGAUGGUGCUGGCCUACCAGCGCAUCUACGUGACGGCGCGCGAACACGCCCGCCAGAUCAGCGUCCUGCAGCGGGCUGGGGCCUCCAGCUCCGACAGCGCUGACCACCAGCGCAACCACCGCAUGCGCACCGAGACCAAGGCGGCCAAGACGCUGUGCAUCAUCAUGGGCUGCUUCUGCCUGUGCUGGGCCCCCUUCUUCAUCACCAACGUGGUGGACCCCUUCAUUGACUACACGGUGCCCGACAAGCUGUGGACUGCCUGCCUGUGGCUGGGCUACAUCAACUCCAUGCUCAACCCCAUCCUCUACGCCUUCCUCAACAAGUCCUUCCGCCGUGCUUUCCUCAUCAUCCUCUGCUGCGGCGACAAGCGCUACCGAAGGCCCUCCAUCCUGGGCCCCGGGGCCCCGUGCACCGCCACGCAGAUCAACGGCUCCACGCACGUGCUCAAGUAG